CAUAAGCAAGCCUAAAUUUGAUUGGAGGAGGCUUUAUAAAGAGUAUUAGGUGAUAGAGUAAGAAUGGCAGCUGAGUAUGGAGGCUAUGACAAUGACUUUGUUGAAACAGUCCCUGAUCGAUAUGUGUGUAGUACAGUGUGUACCAAGGUGUUGAGAGACCCUCACCUAACCUCUUGUUGUGGACAACAUUUUUGUGAGACCUGCCUCAACUACUGGUUUGAGAAGCACCGUCAACAAAGCUGUCCUCACUGCCGAGCCAAACGAAACGGUUUUAAUCAUUUUCUAGACAAGAAGCUUAAAAGGGAAAUCUCUGAGCUCAAGAUUUGGUGUAGUAACAAAGACGAGGGAUGCAAGUGGAGAGACAAACUACAGAACUUUGAAAAGCAUAUGAAGUCAUAUAAUGGAUGCGGUUAUGUCGAAGUCAAGUGCCGUAAUCGUCCUGAAUUCUCUUUGCACAAAGAAUGCCCUAAAAUGCUUCGAAAAGAUCUUGAUGAGCACGUACAAAACACUUGUGAAUACAGAUCAGUCACUUGUAUACAUUGCAAUAAAAAGAUACGGCACUUUCAUCAGUUAUCCAUGCAUCACGCCUUCAAUUGCAAACAGUACCCAUGUCCCUGCCCUAACGAGUGUGGUUCAGGAAACAUGCCUCGUCAAGACGUGUCUACCCAUCGCAAUGAGUGCCCACUAGAGCCUGUUGAGUGCACCUUUGCUGAGGCUGGAUGUGAGAUAAAGUUGGUGAGGAUUCAGCUUGACAAACAUCUAGCAGACAACCAACAAACACACUUGAUUCAGCUUAUGACAGAAUAUAAACAUUCAAAGAAAGAAACAGCUGAAAAGUUUAAGCGAACAAGAAGAGCUCUAACUGUAACCACAGGGAGGCUAGAGUCUAUGCAGGAAGGAAUAUCUAGAGAGCUUAAAAAAGCCAAAGUAACAAGAGAUCUUGGGCCUGUUCUGAAAUCAAUCCAAUCAAAAUUAGACUCUUCACAGAACAAGAUCAAUGAUGAAGGUAUCGAGCAUGGGCUACAAUUUAGCAUUCCUGCUGAGAGCUAUUUCGAAGACAACAAAAAAUGGUAUAGCCCAACAUUUUAUGUGAGAGAUUUCAAGGUGUGUGUACAAGCACGGUACAUUCCACACUCUGGUCCAUUGGAGUGGGCAUUAGUUGUAUUGGGGACUGUGAAAGGCAUAUGUGGAGAAAGCUUACACGGAAAAAUUGAGGAUAUACAAAUUAAAUUUGUUCUGCCAUGUGUGUACAACCCUUCUGAAAUGUACAUGCACAAUGUGAUCAAAGCAAGGCGGAUUGUAGAUGAAGUAAUAAUGCCAACGUAUCAUCCACUGACACUAACCUUAUUUAUAGAAGACGAUAUGAACAAUUUGGAUUGUAAAUGCUUAUAGAAGAUGAUGGCUUACUGUGACGAACCUUGAACUCUUAGUAUGUGCGUAUGUAGUGUAGAAUAAACAUGAUAAUUUGUCAUACAAUUAACGUCUCAACCUUCGUAUAAUUAUUGUUUUAAUUCGUGCACCACACUUAGGCAUUAAUGAAAUGUAUAUGCAAUGAAA